CAUAUGAUUUCCAUCAUUUGGAACGUCACCGAUGUCAACAAAGCGCAAUACAUUUUUUCGUAAUGCUGAUAGCCGCGGCUUUCCCGAAACUAAGUGUUGUUGAUGAGUAAUCCGUCGUGGUGAAAUUCAUCACGGAGUCAAUCAGACAAUCAUCAACGAAGCGAUUUGGCAUAGUCGAGCAGUUUUGUUUACUCCAAUCAGGCAUGGAGGUCCCUUUCGAGCCAGAGAAGUUAACAUACCCCGAGAAGAAAUAUGAAUAUUUGGACCACACAGCUGAUGUGCAGCUGCACGCAUGGGGCACUAGCUUGAAGGAAGCCUUCGAACAAUGCGGCAUGGCGAUGUUCGGCUACAUGACCGAGCUGGAGUACGUUACGCCGCGACAGUGCUAUCAAAUCGAGGCCAAGGCAGAGGACGUGGAAGGUCUGCUCUUCCAUUUCCUCGACGAAUUGUUGUUCCUGUUCUCGGCGGAACCAUUUCUGAUUUGUAAAAAGCUGGAGAUCACAAAAUUUGAUCUAGAAACCUUCGAAAUCGAGUGCCUGUGCUAUGGGGAGCCCUUCGAAAUCGGCGUUCAUCCUCAAGGCACGGAGGUGAAAGCGAUAACAUACUCAGCAAUGCAAGUCGUGCAGGAACCUGACAAGAAUAUGUAUCAAGUGUUCGUUAUUGUGGAUAUUUAAUAAAUGACUUUUAGAUAAGAA